UUGUUUGUUUUUAUUCGUGACUGUAUUCGGUUAUUGAUGUGGUUAAGUUUUUGCAUAUGGUAAUGUGGUAUCUACUGCACUUUUUAUCACAGUGUUUACACACACACGCGUCAUUUGCUUCGUGGAAACGUUCGUUCUUGCAUAUCUUGUGGUGGAAUCCGUGUGUUGCCAACCUAGUAAUUGUGUGUCGUAAUUUUCUGUUGGGUCCUGUCCAGGUUCUGUCAGUCAUUGCAUCAGUGCUGUAGAACUCUUCCCAUAUUUCCUCUCUUUUUUGUUUUCUUUCUUUGAUAACUUCCUCUGAGUUUUUUGUGCUUGGCAGUUGAUAUCUGAGUUCUUCUAAUAGGAAAUUUUCCUUGCAGAGUUCGUAUGUUAGUCUGGAUUGUGUGUUCUUAGGAAGCCCUAGCGCUAGUUUAAGGUAUCUUGCCUUCACUUGUUCUAUUUUCCGCAGGUUUUGUUUGGAUAGUUUUUCCCAGGUUAUCUCUAUGCCAUAUAGUAGUAUGGGACAAAUUUUUGCAUGGAAUAUUUUCAUUGCUGUUUCUAGCGAUAAUAGUUGCAGGUUUCGGAUGGUGUAUAUAGCUUUGAUGGCUGCUGUGCAUUUUUCUGUUAUGUGUGCCGUGAAUGUUGUAGAUGUAGUGACAUUACGAACAGUGUGAAUCGUGUGAAUAGACCUUAGAAGCGUUCCAUUUUCCCGCAACAAAAUUCAGUGCGAAUGAAUUGUUUCGAGUGUUUUUAAAUGUUUGAAGUAUUCGAUAAUCGUAUUUCGAUUGUACCAGGUAGUACUUCCGCAACGGAAAUUCGCACAGCAAACACAUUUGGCGCUGAAACCUACGAAGGAACUAUUGUGCAGUUCUUCUGUCUCCUGAAAGAACGUAUACAUAAUUCAGAAUGGUCAUAGAAAAAUCGGAAAAGAUGUUUGUUAUAAAGAGAGAUGGGCGCAAAGAGGAAGUUCACUUUGACAAAAUUACAUCCAGGAUUGUGAAACUAUGCUAUGGUCUGGAUAUGGAUUAUCUUGACCCACCCGUGAUCACAAUGAAAGUGGUCAAUGGUUUGUACGCUGGCGUAACAACAGUGGAACUGGAUAAUCUGGCUGCCGAGACUGCUGCGACGAUGACAACCAAGCAUCCAGAUUAUGCCAUUCUUGCAGCAAGGAUUGCCAUCUCCAAUCUCCACAAGGAAACCAAAAAGACUUUUAGCGAGGUGAUGGAUGACUUACACAAAAUGAUACAUCCAGAAACAAAAAUGCCAUCACCAAUGAUCUCUGAUUACCAUCAUGCCAUCAUCAUGAGUAAUGCAGAUCGGCUGAACUCUGCCAUUAUAUAUGACCGAGACUUCAGUUACAACUAUUUUGGUUUUAAGACACUGGAACGCUCUUAUCUGCUUCGAAUCAAUGGAAAAGUGGUUGAAAGACCCCAGCACAUGUUGAUGCGAGUAGCUGUGGGUAUCCACGGCGAAGAUGUGGAUUCAGCGAUUGAGACAUACAACCUGAUGUCAGAACGCAUAUUCACGCAUGCUUCACCCACACUUUUCAGCUCUGCUACUCCACGACCCCAGCUGUCAAGCUGCUUUUUACUGGCAAUGAUGGAUGACAGCAUUGAAGGAAUUUAUGAUACAUUGAAGCAAUGUGCAUUAGUGUCAAAAUCUGCUGGUGGAAUUGGCCUCCACAUUCAUAACAUCCGUGCCAGAGGAACUUACAUAGCUGGGACCAACGGUUGUUCUAAUGGUAUUGUGCCUAUGUUGAGGGUGUACAACAACACGGCAAGAUAUGUGGACCAGGGUGGCAACAAGCGUCCAGGAGCAUUUGCAAUUUAUCUGGAACCUUGGCACGCAGAUGUAUUUGAAUUUCUUGACCUGAAAAAGAAUACAGGGAAGGAGGAGGUUCGAGCUCGUGAUCUGUUCUAUGCAUUGUGGAUCCCUGAUUUGUUCAUGAAGCGAGUGAAGAGUAACGAGAUGUGGAGUCUCAUGUGCCCCCAUUCGUGCCCCGGCCUGUCAGAUUGUUGGGGUGACAAGUUUGAUAACUUGUACACGAAGUAUGAGUCUGAAGGUCGCUAUGUAAGACAGGUGAAAGCACAGAAACUUUGGUAUGCCAUCUGUGAGUCUCAGGUAGAAACUGGCACGCCAUAUAUGCUGUAUAAGGAUGCAUGCAAUCGCAAAUCAAACCAACAGAACCUUGGUACCAUCAAAUGUAGCAAUCUGUGUACUGAGAUUGUGGAAUUCACAUCACCCUCAGAGGUGGCAGUGUGCAACCUGGCAUCUAUUGCUGUGAACAUGUUUGUACGGACAGACAAAUCGUAUGACUUCGUCAGACUGAAAGAGGUUUCAAAAAUUGUGACCAGAAAUUUGAACAAGAUAAUUGAUGUCAACUACUAUCCUAUACCAGAGGCACAGACAUCCAAUCUCCGUCACCGCCCAAUUGGCAUUGGCAUACAAGGUUUGGCUGAUGCAUUCAUCUGCAUGAGGUUCCCAUUUGAGAGUGAAGAGGCGCAGAAGCUCAACCAACAAAUAUUCGAGACAAUUUACUAUGGAGCUUUGGAGGCGAGCUGUGAGCUUGCUAAGGAACAAGGUCCAUAUGAAACCUAUGAAGGCUGCCCAGUCAGCAAAGGGAUAUUUCAGUAUGACAUGUGGAAUGUUGAACCUACAUCUUUAUGGGACUGGGCAGACCUGAAACAUCGCGUUGCAGAACACGGCGUCCGCAACUCACUUCUGCUUGCACCGAUGCCGACUGCUUCCACAGCUCAGAUCCUUGGAAACAAUGAAUCAUUUGAACCAUAUACAACAAACAUCUACACACGACGUGUGUUGUCUGGAGAAUUUCAGGUUGUGAAUCAUCAUUUGCUCCGGGACUUGACAAAACUUGGGCUGUGGAGUGAGGACAUGAAAAACGAGAUAAUUGCAAGAGGAGGCUCUGUCCAGGGCAUUGAUGGAAUUCCAGACGAUGUUAAGGAUCUCUACAAGACUGUAUGGGAAAUCCCACAGAAAACAAUUAUCAAGAUGUCAGCUGACAGAGGCGCUUUUAUCGACCAGAGCCAGUCCCUAAAUAUUCAUAUCGCUGAACCAAACUAUGGAAAGUUGACAUCCAUGCACUUCUAUGCCUGGAGCUUGGGCCUCAAGACUGGCAUGUACUAUCUCAGGACGAAGCCGGCGGCAACUGCGAAUCAAGUCACUGUUGACAAAACAAAGCUUAGCUGUAGCAGUAAGAGUGGUACUGUGAGUAAUGGAGUUGCGACUGGGGAAGGAGAGGCAGAACAGGAUGCCUUCAAUCUGAAUUCAAUGGUCUGCUCACUUCAGAAUAAAGAUGAGUGCCUUAUGUGUGGUUCCUAGGCCUCAAAUAAUUUCAUACAUCGGUGACACUGAGUUACAUGGAUAUGCAAACAAGCAGUGACUUCUUCUGGAUUACAUGUAUUACAUCCUGCAGGGUGGUAGUCUUCAAAGGAAUUUAUGUAGGAAAUUUGUUGAAGUCAGAAAUGCAGAGUUACUGAAAGGGCUAGAAACGCUGCCACGUUUUGGAUUAAUUGUUGAAAUUACGCAGAGGUGCACAGUUGUGGUCUAUUUGAGAAUUCAGGAUGUUGUAUAUUCACAUGUUUCGGGCAGGGGCAUGGUACAGGUAUUGUAUGCAGCACCUGACAUUUUGAGGCAAAGUCUGAAAUUUAGCUAUUUUUGUACUUUGCUUUGUAUUCCAUUUGCGUUAAAUGGAACGAAAGCUAAAAGUAGUGAACCACACGUGACUUAACAUUAUUUUUAUUCAUAAAGAUUACUGAAAACUACGAGAGUAGGAGAAAUCCUUUGGAAUGUGAGAUGCCUACGGGGAUAAAGUCAGCCCUGCUGGAGCUCUUUGUUGAAAAUUCCCAUUUUCUCUUAUCACAUUUUUAAAUUGUUGAAUUUUGAACUCUCUUGGUUGACCAUUUGUUAACAUUUAUGAAUAAUAUCCGAAACUCCCUUCCCACCCCCAAUUAUAUGAAUAGAUUCAUGAUUACAGACAUCUAUAAGAGACUACUGAUGUGUGACACAUUAACCUCUGAUGACAGGAGACUUCUGUCUCCAAAUCAUUGGGUAGUAAUCCCAGAAGGCUGAUGACAUGUAAGAAGACUGUGCUGUGGGAUCAUUACUGGUUUAUUGAAAUAUCGCAGCACAUUAAAGACUAAAUAUUUGGCUUGUUUGCUGUCUUUCCAUUUUCAAAAAUUUAAAUAAAAUGUAAUUAGGAUAAAUGUGAUUGUAUGAUGUGAUUUAUUAUUGAUUAAUACUGGUAUGUUUGUGUAACAAAUGAAUGCAUUAAAGAAAAAGAUGGGUGUCAGUAGAAGAAAACUAAA